AUGAAGAAAGAUAAGAAACAACAAAAGAAGCCGUCGAAGAGGACGCCAGCCCCAUGCCCCUUGAGUAACAAAAAAACAGUAAAGAAAGAAAUAAAAAAGGAAAAGAAAAAAGGUAUUAGAGAGAACCCUUUAAUUUUUGAAAAAAAAAAGAAAAGUAACGUUAUCGGUGUGGGUGUACGACCAAAAAAGGAUUUAUCAAAAUAUGUCAAAUGGCCAAAGUAUAUAAGAAUUCAAAGAAAAAAAAAAAUACUGUUACAAAGAUUAAAAGUUCCCCCAUCGAUUAACCAGUUCAACCACACACUUCCAAAGAAUCAGGCGCAAGAUUUGAUUAACUUCCUGAGAGGGUACAAACCAGAAUCAAAGGAUGAAAAGAAAAAAAGAUUAUUAACUAAGGCUAAGAAUGCAUUGAAGAAAAUAGUAACAAAAGAGAAAAAGCCAAUUUUUCUUAAAUACGGAAUAAACCAUAUAACAAAAUUAGUUGAGAAUAAAAAAGCAAGUCUUGUUGUUAUAGCGAAUGAUGUAUGCCCUAUCGAGUUAGUUUUAUUUUUACCUACAUUGUGUAGACUAAAAGAUAUUCCUUAUUGUAUUGUUAAGAAUAAAGCUCUGUUAGGAACACUUGUGCAUAAAAAGACAGCAACAGCUGUAUGUGUUCAGAAUGUUUUAAAAGACGAUCAGGAAAAACUAGAUUACUUUUCGAAAUUGUGUAGAGAACACUUCAAUGAUAAUGUUGAUAUAAGAAGGAAAUGGGGUGGACAAAAAAUGAGUGCCAAGUCAAUGAUGUUGAAAAAGCUUAAGGACAAGGCCAAGAAAAUUGAAGAAGCCAAAAAGAAGGAAAUAUCCUCAAAAUUGUAA